AUGGCAAGCUCACCGACGGUGUCCAUGUCUGCUAUAUUCAAGGACAACGAUAAGGGCACCAAGACAAACAUGGAGACUGACUAUGCCGAGGCGGGAAAGAAGUUUGCUCUCCUCGUGGAAAGGCUCGCCAAAGUCGGAUUGGCUACUGAAGUCCGCAACGGAGACAACCACUCUCUGUUGAUCUUCGUCAAGGUCGCCAGCGAAGACCACGUCAAUGCUGAAGUAUACCGCUCCAGAGUCAAGGAUUGGAUCCAUGGGGUCAGAUCAGCAGCACCGCAAAAGGAGACCAAAAAGGCCAUCGAGGAGGAACCGCUUCACGAAGCCGAACGCUACCGCAUCAUCUACCGCAUGAUUACCAACUCCGAAGAAGAGGGUGGUGCUGGCAUUACCCCCAAGGAGGGAGAGUGGAAGAAUGUUGAGUCCAUCUUUGCCCUGCACGACCACGCCUACAACAAAGAGUGGAUCAAGAGAUGGACCAAGAAAUACCUUCUGGAGCCCGAGGAUCUCGACGAGAUCAGAAACAGACUGGGCGAGAAGAUUGCCUUCUACUUUGCCUUUACCCAGUCUUACUUCACCUUCCUCGUCUUCCCCGCUGCCUUCGGAGCCACCGCCUGGCUUCUCUUGGGCAAAUUCUCGCCCGUCUAUGCCAUUGUCAGCACCUUGUGGUGCAUUGUCUUUGUCGAGUACUGGAAGCACCAGGAGGUCGAUCUCGGUGUAAGAUGGGGUGUCCGUGGUGUUUCCAACAUUCAGACCAAGCGCAGACACUUUGAGCACGAGCACGAAGGCACAGAUCCCGUCACUGGUGAGAAGAUGCAGAUCUUCCCUGCCACCAAGCGUCUACAACGCCAGCUGCUCCAAGUUCCUUUCGCCAUCGCUGCAGCUACUGUACUCGGUAGCUUGAUCGCGACUUGUUUCGGCAUCGAGAUCUUCAUCUCCGAGAUCUACAGCGGGCCUCUGAAGUCUGUCCUGGUCUUUCUUCCUACCAUCAUCCUGACCACAGUCAUGCCCGUCUUGAACGGCAUUCUCACCACCUUUGCUGAGCGUCUGACCAAAUUCGAGAACUACGAGACAGACGACGCCUACGAAUAUGCCAUGACGCAGAAGAUCUUUGUCCUAAACUUCAUCACCUCUUACCUACCCGUCUUCCUGACUGCUUUCGUCUAUGUACCCUUUGGCAGCGUCGUAGUUCCCUUCCUCGACGUCUUCAGCCUGACUGCUAGACCUUUCGCCCAGAACGAAAAGCAGCUGCAAGCACCCCAAGUUGGCUCAUUCGUCAUCAACCCUGAUCGUCUACGCAAGCAAAUCAUCUACUUCACCGUUACUGCUCAAAUCGUCAACCUUGGUAUGGAGGUUGUCGUACCUUACCUCAAGCGUCAGGGCUUCUCCAAGUACAAAGAGAUGCAGAGUGAGCGUGCCGCAAAGAACGGACGCCCCGCUACUGCCCCUGUCGAGAGCGACAACCCCGACGAAGCCGCCUUCCUAACCCGCGUUCGUCGCGAAGCCGAGCUCGAUGUCUACAAUGUCACAUCUGACCUUCGCGAGAUGGUUGUCCAAUUCGGCUACCUGGCACUCUUCAGCACCGUCUGGCCCUUGACAGCCGUCUCCUUCCUUGCAAACAACUGGCUCGAGCUCCGUGCCGACGCCGUCAAGAUCUGCAUCGAGAUGCAACGCCCCAUCCCCGAACGCGCCGACACCAUCGGCCCUUGGCUCGACUCCCUAGCCUUCCUCUCCUGGCUCGGCAGCAUCACCACCGCCGCCCUCGUCUACCUCUUCAGCAACGACGGCCUCGGCCCCGACGGCACACCCAAGAACAUCCGCGGCUGGGCCCUCCUCCUCACAAUCUUCUUCGCCGAACACAGCUACCUCCUCAUCCGCUGGGCCGUCCACCUCGGCAUCAGCAAAAUCGACUCUCCGGGCCGUCAAAAGGAACGUCGCGACCGCUAUCUCGUGCGCCAACGCUACUUCUCAGAGUCCAUCUCCGAGAGCCAGAAAUUGCCUGCCGUUGGCAAGUUUGGCGAGAAGAUUACUAGAGAGAGUCUUGAGGAGGAGGCUCGCGCGAGCAGUCUGAAGAGUUCGAGGAUCGAGGAUAGGUUCUGGGCUAGGCAGAGGAAUUGGCAUGAGACUGCUCAGGUGGGUGCUGGCUUGAUUGAUAAAGCUGCGCCAACUCCAGAGGCCAAGAAGAUGCAGUAA